AUGGCUCUCUCAGCGUCAGUGAUCCGGUUCUUCAUCGUCCUGUUUGUUGCUUUGGGUUCCUUAACCUAUGGAUACUGCUCCAGCAUCAUCGCAACAACUCUUGGCCAGCCUACCUUCAUUUCCUACUUCGACCUCGACACCCGCUCGAAUGCCACUCAACUAAUUGGCGCCAUCAAUGGGCUUUACCAGGCUGGUGGCCUCUUCGGGUCUUUAUCCAUGAUCAAGUUUCCUGACUGGAUUGGACGACGCAAAUCUCUGCUCUUAUACUCGAUCAUUACUGUCGUCGGUGGUGCUUUGCAAGCCGGGUCUGUGCACAUCGGCAUGUUCCUCGUCAUGCGCCUCAUCACCGGCUUUGGUAUUGGCGCUCUCGUCGGUCUUGUCCCUCUGUAUCAAUCAGAAAUGUCACCGCCACGGAUUCGAGGCUUGCUCGUCGGAAUGCAUGGUGUGCUCAUCUGCGUCGGCUACACUCUUGCCAGCUGGGUCGGCUUGGGGUUCUAUUUUGUGAACGCCAGUGGUGCUCAAUGGCGGCUUCCUCUGGCUAUCCAGUGCUUGCCACCCUUGUUCCUUGCCAUCGGUGUGCUUUUCUUGCCUGAGAGCCCACGCUGGCUGAUCGAUCGCGAUCGUGUUGAGGAUGCAUAUCAGGCAUUCAAGGCGGUUCGUGCCGAGACGAGAGACAAUAUUGUCAACAAUGAGGAGGCUAUCCAGGAGGAGUUUAAACUACUUCAGGGGCAAAUCCUCCACGAACGACAAGAAGCUCUGUCCAUGAUGGAUUUGUGGAGACUGCCACACAUGCGUAAGAGAUGUAUCAUGGGCUUCUUGGUUCUUUUUGGCUGCCAAGGGACAGGAACGCUGGUAAUCAACAACUAUGGGCCCAGUUUGUAUUCGUCACUGGGCUUCGACACAGUUCAACAGCUACUCAUCCAAGGCGGCUGGAUCACGGUCUGUCCCUUUGGAAAUUUACUCAACUCUCUUAUGGUUGACAGAGUCGGUCGCACGAAUAUGCUGGUGUGGGGUUAUGCAGGUUGUGUGGUUGCUUUGAUUGGUGAAUGCAUCACUGUUGACCUCUUCAACAAGUCCGGAGACAGAGGACUCGCGUCGGCUGCUGUGUUCUUCCUGUUCUUGCACAUCGCCUUCUUUUCGGCCACCUGCGACGCCACAUCCUAUAUCUACGCCAGCGAGAUCUUCCCUACCCCUGUCCGCGCCAAAGGUUUGGCUGUCAGUAUCUCUGGUCUCUUCGUUGCCACGAUCAUUUUUCUACAGGUCGCUCCCACUGCAUUUGCUGCUGUCGGCUGGAGAUACUAUAUCGUCUUCAUCGCCGUCACCACGGUCAUCGGUACGGCCAUUUUCUUUUGGUUCCCGGAGACGAAGGGGAGAUCGCUUGAAGAUAUUGGCGAGUUAUUUGGUGAUUCGGUUGAGCCUUUGCACCUCGAUGAGAAGGUGCGGGCCCAACAUGCAUCGACUGAAAUUGUCAAUCAGAUCCAGGCUGAGGAGAAGCACUAA